GUGCACUUGGGCUCGAGCUGGAACGUGGAACAGAGCUCCGAUCCCAGCGCAACCACCGCGAUGAGAGGCGCUGGCGGCGCCUGGGAUUUUCUCUGUGUCCUGCUUCUCCUCCACAUCCAGACAGGCUCUUCCCAACCAUCUGUGAGUCCAGAGGAACUGUCUCCACCAUCUAUCGAUCCAGCACAAUCAGAGUUAAUAGUCAGUGUUGGCGACAGGAUCAGGCUGUUAUGCACCGAUCCAGAGUUUGUCAAAUGGACCUUCGAGACCCUGGAUAAGAGGAGUGAGAAUAAGAACAAUGAAUGGGUCAGAGAGAAGGCCGAGGCCACCAACACCGGCAAAUACACCUGCAUCAACAGAGGCGGCCUGAGCAGCUCCAUUUAUGUGUUUGUUAAAGAUCCUGACAAGCUUUUCCUCGUUGGCCUUCCCCUGUAUGGGAAAGAAGACAAUGAUACGCUGGUCCGCUGUCCAGUGACGGACCCCGAGGUGACCGAUUAUUCCCUCAAGGAGUGUGAAGGGAAACCUCUCCCCAAGGACCUGAUAUUUGUCCCUGACCCCAAGGCUGGUAUCACAAUCAGGAAUGUGAAGCGCGCCUACCAUCGACUCUGUUUCCGCUGCACAGCCACCUGGAAGGGCAAGUUGGUGCAGUCGGAUAGAUUGAUCCUGAAAGUGAGGGCAGCCAUCAAAGCUAUACCACUUGUGUCUGUGUCCAAAACAAACUAUCUUCUUAGGGAAGGGGAAGAGUUUUCAGUGACAUGCACAAUAAAAGAUGUGUCCACUUCUGUGGGCUCGAUGUGGAUGAAGGACAACAGUCAGCAGACUAAAGCACAGGUAAAACGUAAUAGCUGGCAUCAGGGUGACUUCAAUUAUGAACGUCAGGAAACGUUGACGAUCAGCUCAGCAAGAGUUAAUGAUUCUGGAAUGUUCAUGUGUUAUGCCAAUAAUACUUUUGGAUCAGCAAAUGUCACAACAACCUUGAAAGUAGUAGAUAGAGGCUUCAUUAAUAUCUUCUCCAUGAUGAAUUCUACGAUAUUUGUAAAUGAUGGAGAAAAUGUAGAUCUGGUUGUUGAAUAUGAGGCCUUCCCCAAACCAGAACACCAGCAGUGGAUAUACAUGAACCGGACCACCGCUAACAAGUGGGAAGAUUACCCCAAGUCUGAGAACGAAAGCAAUAUCAGAUAUGUAAGUGAACUUCACCUGACCAGAUUAAAAGGGACGGAAGGAGGCACGUACACAUUUCUUGUGUCCAACUCUGAUGUCAACGCUUCCAUGACAUUUAAUGUUUACGUGAACACAAAACCAGAAAUCCUGACUUACGACAGGCUCAUGAAUGGCAUGCUCCAGUGUGUGGCAGCAGGGUUCCCAGAGCCCACAAUAGAUUGGUAUUUUUGUCCAGGAACGGAGCAGAGAUGUUCUGUUCCUGUGCCGCCAGUAGAUGUGCAGAUUCACAACUCAUCUGUGCCGCCAUUUGGAAAACUCGUGGUUCAGAGCUCUAUAGAUUCUAGUGCGUUCCGGCACAACGGCACAGUGGAGUGUAAGGCUCACAACGAUGUGGGCAAGAGUUCUGCCUAUUUUAACUUUGCAUUUAAAGGUAACAACAAAGAGCAAACCCAUCCCCACACGUUGUUCACGCCCUUGCUGAUUGGUUUCGUGAUCACAGCUGGUAUGAUGUGCAUCAUUGUGAUGAUUCUAACCUACAAAUAUUUACAGAAACCCAUGUAUGAAGUACAGUGGAAGGUUGUCGAGGAGAUAAAUGGAAACAAUUAUGUGUACAUAGACCCAACACAACUUCCUUAUGAUCACAAAUGGGAGUUUCCCAGAAACAGGCUGAGUUUUGGGAAGACCUUGGGUGCUGGCGCCUUCGGGAAGGUGGUGGAGGCCACGGCCUACGGCCUAAUUAAGUCAGAUGCGGCCAUGACGGUGGCUGUGAAGAUGCUUAAACCAAGCGCCCACCUCACGGAACGGGAAGCCCUCAUGUCCGAACUCAAGGUCCUGAGCUACCUCGGGAACCACAUGAACAUCGUGAACCUCCUGGGAGCGUGCACCAUCGGAGGACCCACCCUGGUCAUUACAGAAUAUUGUUGCUAUGGUGAUCUUUUGAAUUUUUUGAGAAGAAAACGUGAUUCAUUUAUUUGUUCAAAGCAGGAAGAUCAGGUAGACGCAGCACUUUAUAAGAAUCUUCUACAUUCAAAGGAGUCUUCCUGCAAUGACAGUAGUAAUGAGUACAUGGACAUGAAGCCUGGAGUUUCUUAUGUUGUCCCAACCAAAGCAGACAAAAGGAGAUCUGCAAGAAUAGGCUCAUACAUAGAAAGAGAGGCGACUCCUGCCAUCAUGGAAGAUGAUGAGCUUGCCCUCGACCUGGAAGACUUGCUGAGCUUUUCUUACCAGGUGGCAAAGGGCAUGGCUUUCCUUGCCUCAAAGAACUGUAUUCACAGAGACUUGGCAGCCAGAAAUAUCCUCCUUACUCAUGGUCGAAUCACAAAGAUUUGUGAUUUUGGACUAGCCAGAGACAUCAAGAAUGAUUCUAAUUAUGUGGUAAAAGGAAAUGCCCGACUGCCUGUGAAGUGGAUGGCCCCUGAAAGCAUCUUCAACUGUGUGUACACAUUUGAAAGCGAUGUCUGGUCCUAUGGGAUUUUCCUGUGGGAGCUCUUCUCCUUAGGAAGCAGCCCCUACCCUGGAAUGCCAGUUGAUUCCAAGUUCUACAAGAUGAUCAAGGAAGGUUUUCGAAUGCUCAGCCCUGAGCAUGCCCCUGCUGAAAUGUAUGACAUAAUGAAGACUUGUUGGGAUGCUGAUCCCCUGAAAAGGCCAACAUUCAAGCAGAUCGUUCAGCUCAUUGAAAAGCAGAUUUCAGAGAGCACCAAUCAUAUUUACUCCAAUUUGGCAAACUUCAACCCCAACCCAGAGCACCCCGUGGUGGACCAUUCCGUGAGGGUCAAUUCUGUCGGUAGCAGUGCUUCUUCCACCCAGCCCCUGCUUGUGCACGAAGAUGUCUGAGCAGAGCAAGCAUAGGGGGUCUGCCCUGCAGGAGCGAGCCCCAUUCUUUUGGCUUCCAUGAUGGUUAUUUUAUUCUCCUUCGACUUGCAUCCUAUUCCAGGGUAGUGGGCCCCCACUGUAAUCCUGUCUUUAUGAGCACACUUUAGUGGCUGAUGAUUUUUUUUCUUUCUUUUUUUUGGGUCAUCAGCCACCAUCCUUUGCAAAGGUUCGAACUGUAUAUAUUCCCAAUAGCAAAGUAGCUCCUACUAUAAACAAAGAAAAUCUGAUUUAAAGAAAGGUAGGGUGAAAUGGGCUAGAUGCCCAGAGUUCUUCCCAAUGCUUCUCUAAUUCUGGUCAAAAAUCUGGUUGAUAGUUUGUUAAAUACAGAGAAAUAGUCACACUUGGCUUAUGGAACCAUCCAUAACGAUAAGAUGCAGGAUCAGAAACUGCAGCCUAAACCAUUUAGGUAGAAAAUAGAACAUCAUUAGAACAAAGGCCACAAGCAGGAACAUCUGGGCUUGAGAAAUCUAGUAUUUCAUGCUGAGAAUAAGACCUGGGCCAUGGAAAAAUGCCCCCCGCCCCCCAAACAGGAAUAAAGGCACUGCUGUGGACCACCGCAUGCGCUUUUGUAUGACUGACCUGAUUUUGAAAUAGAGUUUGCUAUUAGGGAGUUGAAUUGGAGACAAGGCCUCCUCCCCAGCCAGCGUUUGUAUAUAUUCAUCUAUAGGCUGUACACAUUCACACGUUGGAGAGGGAACCCACGAGUUUAGGUGUCUGUAUACGACCCUGGUGUGGUGUGGUGUCCACUGUGCAUAGAAAUAGAUUAAGAGCCAUAUAAGCUCGAAGGAAACAGUUAAUACUGGCUUGAUUGUUAGUUAAGGGGGGGAAAAAUGUAGCUUCCAAGCACAGUCUUAACAAAACCUCUUUUUAGCCGAUGAACUUGCUCUGCAGAUUCUCCAGAACAAGCCUCCUAGCUGCAGAAUGGCAUUGUACUCAAUGGAUUUGAUGCUGUUUGAAAAGUGAUUUGCCAUAGCAUGAUUCCUGCAGGAGGGAGAGAGCAGUGCUGUCUUAGUGUGGCUUCUGAGGUAGCAGGAAGUAAAAGAUUCAGCCUCCUCUACAGACACGUCCUGGACAUCGGGCCAGUAUCUACAUACCUGUGUAUGCGUGUGCUUGUGUGUCUGCGUGUAGACAAGAGGGCAUUUUUGCCCUGAGUCCAAGAGGGUCCUUCAGUACCCGAGGAAUGACUUGCCUUCCUUCAUCGGUCCUGUUUCUCUGCACAACGUUGUCUAGAGAAGCUUGCCAGAAGCUGGCAUAGAGGUUGAUCAGAAGCAGGGUGCUUAAGGACCUAUUUAUUUGCAAUCCACCCCGACGUAAGGCACUCUGCUGUUUAUACGCGACAUACUGUACCCGUCGCUUAGACAUUAUGUAAUGCUACUGUUUCACUGAAACGUAUUUAAAUUUUACCCUCUAGGCUAUAACCUGGAUACUAUUCUUUUUUUUUUUUUUUUUUUUUUUGGGAUACUAUUCUUGUAGUUGACCUUUCCCCCUCUCAUAGAAGAGCUAAAUGCAUACGUGGCAAGAUGGGUAUGUUGUCUUGCAAGGUUCAGGUCUUCACGUUCACGGUUCCCCUCGUCCAGCCUUCAGACUACAUUCAGAGAAGUGUGGCCAUCAAGCUGGAAGUGACCAUUUGCACUGGAGUUCUAUGCUCUCGCACCUUUCCAAAGUUAACAGGUUUUGGGGUUGUGUUGUCACGUAAGAGAUUGUCGCCAUUUGCCAUAUUUUGUCUGGACAUUUCCUUUGUGUUCCCAUUGACUUUGAUUAUAGUAAGAAAAGUAGUUGUUAAUUGUAGAUGUCUAGGUACUUCAGGGCACUUCAUUAAGAGUUUUGUCUUGGAUAUUCUUGAAAGUUUAUAUUUUUAUAAUUUUUUUUUUACAUCAGAUGUUUCUUUGCAGUUGCUUAAUGUUUGAAAUUAUUUUGUGGCUUUUUUUUUUGUAAAUAUGGAAAUGUAGCAAUAAUGUCUUGAAUAUUCCCAAGCCCAUGAGUCCUUGAAAAUAUUUUUUAUAUAUACAGUAACUUUAUGUGUAAAUAUAUAAGCGGUGCAAGUUUAAUGGAUGUUGGUGUUUCGUGUGUUUUAUUUCCUGAUAUGUUGUCCAAUUGUUGACAGUUCUGAAAAAUUCUAAUAAAAAUGUAAAUAUAUGA